AUGGGUUCUGGUGCCUCAACAGAAGAUGUAGGCAAGCAAGUGGAAGAGCUGAAGGCAGCUUUGGAGGCAGAGAAUAAUGAUGUCUCCAGACUGAUAGACCGAACUGCUCGGGACUUGAAUUCAUUAACAAAUGCCAGGCUUGACAUUGCCGUCACAGGGGUAACAGGUGCUGGUAAAUCAUCGCUUGUUAACGCCCUACGAGGAAUGACAGACAAUGAUGAAGGUGCAGCUGAGACUGGGGUAAUACAAACAACCAUGGAGUCAAAGGGAUAUCCACAUUCCACGUUCCCAAACGUAAUAAUUUGGGAUCUUCCAGGAAUUGGGACGCAUGAAUUUGAAGCAAAUAGAUAUUUGCAGAUGGUACAUUUUUCAGAGUAUGACUUUUUCAUCAUCGUUGCCUCGGUUCGCUUCACAGAGAACGACGUUCUGCUUGCCCAAGAAAUCCAUAAAAUGAAUAAGAAAUUCUACUAUGUGCGCACUAAACUGGAUAACGACAUAGAGCCUGAAAGAAGGAAGGCCGAAAGAAGGAAGGAAGCCUUCAGUGAGGAAAGAACCCUUGAGAAGAUAAGGAGAUACUGCUGUGAUAAUUUGGUAAAGGCAGGGGAAUCUCACCCGAGAGUUUUUCUUGUCUCCAGUCAUUAUUGGAAUAGGUAUGAUUUCCAGUUUCUGCUAGAGGUCAUGGGAAAUGAACUGGAUGAGAUCAAGAGAUAUGCAUUAAUCACAGGAUUGUCAAAUUUCUCAAAAGAAAUGCUAAAAAAGAAGAAAGCUGCUAUGAAGGCCCUUGUAGGGAAAGUAGCCCUUGUGUCUUCUUCUACUAGGGCUGUUCCAGUCCCAGGUCUCUUCCUUGUUUGCAAUAUUCCCUUCUUGGAGAAAACGAUGAGAAAUUUUAGCAUGACGUUUGGUUUGGAUGAAAUUUCCCUCCAUCGACUUGCUAAACAAAGCGGCAAACCUGUUCCUGUGUUGAGUUCAGCUAUCAAGAAGACCAGAAUAGCCAGCCAAAUCAAUAGUGAAUUUGUAGAGACACUACUGAAUAGGGUGUGCAAAUAUGUAGGAGGAACGUUUCUUGAUUUCAUACCUGUGUUGCGCUCUCUGUUUGGUGGAGGUAAUUCUUCUGUAGCUCUCUCCUGCAUGCUGCACAGCUUUCUGGAUGAUGCUGAGGAAGAUGCUGUGAACGUUUUUGCAAAAGCUUUUGAGAAUUAAGAGCCAAACCCUG